GAGAUUAUGGCGUCUUCUCCUAAAGUAAAGAGAACCACUAAACCCAGAGGUGCACAAAACCUCCCCAGAUCCCAGAAGGAUGCGUAUGCCAGACUUCUGAAUCAGCAUCAGAAUGGCAAGUUUCGUUCUUACUUGCAAGAGUUUGCAAAGCAGCAGGCAGAGGAGAACAUGAGGACACCAGUUAGCAGAUCUGUGAAUGAUGUAAACAGGAGAAAAAAAGGCAAUUCGGAAUCAUCUUAUUCUGGUGAUAGCUCUCAGCAGAGUAGACAGAUGGCUGACACGUCCAACUAUUUGCACACGGACAAAAAAAUCCAUCAGACAGUGUGCGCUGAUGACCAGGACAUGAAGCCUGGCAUGCUGGAAAAGCAUGCCACAACGGAGUCACAUAAGGCUGCUGCACCCAGAAAGGUACCCACAAAACAGCAACUGGAGAGAAGUGAAAAAGACAUCAAAGGGAGCACAAGUCUAGUGGGAUCUGAGGAAUGUGACGCUCAACAGUUGAGCGGUUCAUGUGGGGAGGAAAAAGCAAAGAAAAAAUCAAAGAAGAGGAGAUCAAAAAGAAAUUUGGAGAAAAAAGACAUGGGGGCAUCAUGUGGUCCCGAAGUUGAUGCCAUUGUUGCUGGGAAAUCAGCAAAUAAAAACGUCAAAGCUCCUCAAGCACCAAAAGAAAGUUUACAUCAAAAGGACAAAGAUAAAAACGCUAAAGAUUGUAGAGGCUCCCGGAAGCUACUGUUCGAGGAGUACAUGUUCACAGAGGAUGUGUCUGCAGGCCUAAAGAGAGGAGAACUCAUUCAGGGAGCACUGAGGAUAAACCCUAAGAAGUACAAGGAAGCUUUUGUCCCAUCUCCUGAUGGGUUAGCCGAUAUCUUUCUGGAUGGAAUUGCAGCUCGUAACAGGGCUCUCAAUGGAGAUGUUGUUGUGGUGAAAGUUCUACCCCCUGAACAGUGGAAGGCAGUCAAUGGAGAUAUAAAUGAGAGAACUCUAUCCAGUCAGAAUGCACCAAAGGCUCCUGAUGUCAUAGUGGAGGCCCAUUACAAUGAAGAAGAUGAGGUGAUCAGUAAAAUGAAGAAUGCCAAUCUCCAUGAUAAAGCCCCUAUCACAACACAUUCUGUCAAACAUGCUAAUGCAUGCUUCACUUCUGGAUCAAGUUCAGAGAGAGCUAUGCAAAGGACUGGAAAGGUUGUAUUCAUUGUUGAGAAGAAGCACUCAAGAGCAGCAUCAGGCUUCCUCAAAUUUCUUCCCAACAAGAAUUUUGCUAUGUUCUCUCCUGUGGACCAUCGGGUCCCGAGAGUUAAUGUGCCUCUCGCAGAUUGUCCUGCAGACUUUAUCUCCAGACCUGGAGACUAUGAAAACACACUCUUCAUCUGCCGAAUAACACAGUGGUCAGCAGACAACAGCUUUGCUGAAGGGCGGCUUGCAAAAACUUUAGGGCAAGCAGGUGAAAUAGAGCCGGAAACAGAAGGCAUCCUGACUGAAUAUGAUGUGGACUUCUCAGAGUUUUCCAAGGAGGUCUUGAAUUGUCUUCCCCAAGAUCUGCCCUGGAGCAUCCCUGAUCAUGCGCUCUCUAAAAGAAGAGAUCUCAGAAACGAAUGCAUAUUUACCAUCGACCCAGCUACAGCCAGAGAUCUGGAUGAUGCACUGUCCUGCAAACAACUCUCAGAUGGUAAUUUUGAAGUUGGUGUUCAUAUAGCUGAUGUGAGUUACUUUGUGGAGGAAGGAAAUGCCUUGGAUCAAAUCGCUGGCCAAAGAGCCACGAGUGUUUAUCUUGUCCAAAAGGUGAUCCCCAUGUUGCCUCGUCUUCUGUGUGAGGAGCUAUGCAGCUUGAAUCCUCUGACCGAUAGACUGACAUUCUCUGUCAUUUGGAAGCUUUCUCCAGAGGGAAAGAUCCUGAGUGAGUGGUUUGGGCGAACUGUCAUCUGUUCCUGCAUUAAGCUGAGUUAUGAUCAUGCUCAGAGUAUGAUUGAAGCUCCUGACAAGCACUUUAGUGCUGAAGAACUGCCAAACUGCUCCCCAGACCACAGCAUCCACGAGAUACAAGAAGCCGUCCUCAACUUGCACAACAUUGCCCAACAACUCCGAGCCCAGCGCUUUGAGUGUGGAGCUCUCCGGCUUGACCAGCUUAAGCUAUCUUUCACCCUCGAUAAGGAGUCCAGCAUGCCUCAGGGCUGUUACAUCUAUCAGUAUCGGGACAGCAACAAACUGGUGGAGGAGUUCAUGUUGCUGGCAAACAUGGCGGUCGCCCAUCAGAUCUACCGCACAUACCCAGAAUUAGCCCUACUGCGGAGACACCCGCCACCCCAGAGCAAGAUGGUGGAUGACCUGCAGGAAUUUUGUGACCAAAUGGGCCUUGAUGUUGACUUCUCCUCAUCUGGGGCACUCCAUAGGAGUCUGAAUGAAAGCUUUGGGGAUGACGAGUAUACAGCUGCCAGGAAAGAAGUUCUCACUCACAUGUGCUCCAGGCCAAUGCAGAUGGCGGUGUAUUUCUGUUCUGGAGCUCUGAAGGAUGAGAAGUUCUUCCGUCAUUAUGCUCUGAAUGUGCCUCUUUACACACACUUCACUUCACCUAUACGACGCUAUGCUGAUGUCAUAGUGCACCGUCUACUGGCCGCCUCCAUUGACUGUGGGCCACGUUUGAGUCUCACAGGAGAGGAAGUACACAAACAGUCAUCCCACUGCAAUGACAGGAAGACUGCUUCAAAGAGAGUUCAAGAGCUGAGCUCUGAACUUUUCUUUGCUGUCUUUGUGAAGGAGUGUGGUCCUCUGGAUUCGGAGGCUAUGGUCAUGGGGGUUCUGGACCAGUCCUUUGAUGUGCUGGUGCUUCGCUAUGGAGUGCAGAAACGAAUCUACUGUAAUUCAUUAGAGGGACUAAAGGCGGUCAACUUCCGUAAAGUGGGAAAAAAAACAGAGAUGACGCUUUUUUGGGAAACAGGUGACCCAAGCAAGGAGUUACAACAGGAGAUCUCCAUCUUCACCCUGUUGAAUGUUCAGCUGAAGGCAGAUCGAGUUCCUAUGAAAUACAGUGCUGUGCUCAAGAGACCCUCAGCACUUGUAUGAAUUAUCCCAUUUUUAUUUCCGCAGGUUUAUUCUUAACCAAACAGAAGUAUCAAUGGUGACAAAGGCUUCUCCUCUGCACCAGUAAACCAUGAACUCAGUUUUAUGUGAUUUUAUUUGACUUUUAUAGGAUUUUGUUCUGAAAUCUGCCAAAUGCACAUUUCUUUUAAUUUGGGAAUGUUAAGUGUUCAAGUU